AUCGAUAGCAAUAUCGAUGAUUGACCAGCACUAGUGGAAAAGCGAGAAAAACGAGAAGCGAAAAAGGCGAUCGGCAAACAGUGCGAAAAGUGCGGACAGGAAGGCAAAGGCAAAAGCGAAAAGGUUGGGCGGCAAAAAAAACCGGGCCACACGAUCCAAAACCGAUCUGAGAUCCCAAAAUCACCGACCCAAAGCAUAAAAAUAGCCGCAUCCACAUCCGAUCUGCCAGGUUUUUUUGCAGAACUUUUUGCCGAAUCGAAUCCGCCAGAAAAUUGCCGGAGAAAGUCGACGAGGACGAUAUAGACAAAAACAUAUAGAAUAUAGGAUAUUGAAAAGAUUUUCCAAAAUGAACCGUCGCCCCAAGUUGCCACCAAUUACCAUUGCCAAGGAGGCAGAGCCAGCCAUAGUCCCGCCACGCAAUCUGGACUCACGGGCCACCAUCCAAAUUGGUGAACAGACCUUCGACAUCGAUGCAGAUAGUCUGGAGAAGAUUUGUGAUCUGGGCCGCGGCGCCUAUGGCAUUGUGGAGAAGAUGCGACAUCGGCAAACCGAUACGGUAUUGGCCGUAAAACGUAUACCCAUGACCGUAAAUAUUCGCGAACAGCACCGCCUUGUUAUGGAUCUGGACAUAUCGAUGAGGUCCAGCGAUUGCCCCUAUACGGUCCACUUCUAUGGUGCUAUGUAUCGGGAAGGCGAUGUCUGGAUCUGCAUGGAGGUGAUGAGCACCAGUUUGGACAAGUUCUAUCCGAAGGUCUUCCGCCACGAUCUGCGAAUGGAGGAGAGUGUGCUGGGCAAGAUUGCCAUGAGCGUGGUCAGUGCGCUGCACUAUCUGCACGCCCAGCUGAAAGUCAUUCAUCGGGACGUCAAGCCCUCAAACAUACUGAUCAAUCGGGCUGGCCAGGUCAAGAUCUGUGACUUUGGCAUCUCAGGUUACCUUGUUGACUCCGUUGCCAAGACGAUUGAUGCUGGUUGCAAGCCGUACAUGGCACCAGAGCGUAUCGAUCCCCAAGGUAAUCCGGCGCAAUACGAUAUUCGAUCGGAUGUUUGGUCGCUGGGAAUCAGCAUGAUCGAAAUGGCCACCGGCCGUUACCCGUACGACAACUGGCGAACGCCAUUCGAGCAGCUGCGACAGGUGGUUGAAGACGAUCCGCCGCGUCUGGCGGCGGGUACAUUCUCGCCGGAGUUCGAGGACUUCAUUGCCGUCAGCCUUCAGAAGGAGUACAUGGCGCGGCCCAACUAUGAGCAGUUGCUCAAGCACAGCUUCAUCGUGGAGCAUCUGCAGCGCAAUACGGACAUUUCGGAGUUCGUGGCCAGGAUACUGGACCUGCCCGAUAAUCAGCCGGCGCAGUAGGUUAAUGGCCGGGUGGUAGCAGGUUAAUGGUUAACCCAUGGCGCCUCCUUAACCCUCCUUAAGCCGUGCCCGUGCCCGUGUAAAAAUUGCCGCCGUCUUCUUCUAGCAUGCAUUUCGUACAUGUUGUGUGUGUGUGUGUCUGUGCGUGUGUAUGUGUGGCUGUGUGUGUGUGUGUGUAUGUCCGUCUGCGUGCCAGCAAAACAAAAACAAAAUAUACAUAUAUAUAUACAUAAAGAUGAGAUGAAUGAAGCCCACGGAAAACCAACAGCAAUCAGCUAAUCUAAAGAUUCAACAAAAUGAAAACUGCAUAAUUAUUAAUUUAAGUGAAAAGAAAAGCUAAACAGCAACAUAACCGUUACUAGCAACCUGCAAUCUGCAACAUGCAACAUGCAAUAAAUGCAAAACUUCGCCUUGCAACGCUCAAAAACAAAACGAAAGGAAAAGUAAAAGAAUACAAAAUGGAUAACCGAACCGUGCCUCCCAGCUGGCGAUGCUGCGCUGUCUUAAAAAAUAUAAUAAUAAUAAUAAUACCAUUUUAAUAUAUAUUUUUAAAAAAUAAUAGCUUAGUUAACGAAACAAAACAAAACAAGAACAGAAACAGAAACAGAAACAAAAGCAAGCAAACAAUGAAUGUAAAAACGUACUAAACUUAAUUGAUAAAUUGUAAACAUUUUGAACACCAAAAUAGCCGAACAGAAAGAGUAAUUGUAAUUAUAAUUGUUUAACAAAUAUAUAUUACGUGAAAUAGCUAAA